GAGGUUCAAAGUUAGAGAGAAGAGAUCAAAGAGAGGUAGAAUAUGAAGAUUCAGAGUCUGUUCUUGAUGGCCAUUUUCUCUCUUGCUUAUACACAGCUGCUCAAUGGCCAAUCAUUGUCAGGUUGCCAAACUAGAUGUGGCAACGUCUCAAUCGACUACCCUUUUGGCACUUCUCAAGGUUGUUACUAUGCCGGCGAUAAUAGUUUCAAACUCACAUGUAACGAAACAAAUAAGCUAAUCUUUGGCGGCAAUGAAGUGAUCAACAUCACUCACAGCGGCGAGCUACGCGUCCUGGUUACUAGAUCCUAUGUUUGUUACAACAGCCAAGGGAACCAGACUGGUCGUAGUAACCGGUGGACUAGGCUUGGUAACUUAACAUUCUCCGACAAGAACAGAUUCACUGCAGUAGGAUGUAACACUUACGCGUUUCUCAACACUAACGGAGUUGGAAAUUACUCAGUUGGGUGCAUGUCAACAUGUAACUCUCCUAGGGAGACAAAUGGAACAUGUUCUGGUGGAGGUUGCUGCCAGACUUCUCUUCCUAGAAGGAACAACUACUUCAGAGUAAGACCAUAUAGCUUUUCAAACCAUACUUCUGUUCAUAGCUUCAACCCUUGCAGCUACGCCUUUCUAGUGGAAGAUGGUUUGUUUAACUUCAGAUCUACAGAGGAUCUUAUGAAUCUGAGGAACAUCACGAGGUUCCCUGUGGUACUGGAUUGGUCUAUUGGUAAACAUUCAUGUCAGCAAGUUGGAAGCGCAAACAUAUGCGGUUGGAACAGUGAAUGUUCCAACUCUGUCCGUGGAACCGGUUACAUCUGCAAAUGUAAGGAAGGGUUUGAUGGGAAUCCGUACCUUUCAAAUGAGAAGGGUUGCUAAGACAUCAAUGAGUGUACUACUAGUAGUACUGUCCAUAAACAUAACUGUUCAGACUCCAGCACCUGUGUAAACACCAUGGGACACUUCCUUUGUACUUGCCCGUCUGCUUUCAACUUAAAUGCCACCUCCAAUAGCUGCAUCCGCAAAGGCAAGCCUGAAUAUUAUGGAUGGACUCAAAUUUUUCUGGGAACAACCAUCGGCUUCUUAGUCAUCCUACUUGUGGUUAGCUGUGUACAACAGAAAAUGAAGCACAGGAAAAACACCGAGCUUCGAAAACACUUCUUUGAGCAAAACGGUGGUGGCAUGUUGAGACAGAGACUGUCAGGAGCAGGGCCAUCAAAUGUUGAGGUCAAAAUCUUUACUGAGGAAGGCAUGAAGGAAGCAACUAAUGGUUAUGAUGAAAGUAGAAUCCUCGGUCAGGGAGGCCAAGGAACAGUCUACAAAGGUAUUUUACCGGACAACUCGGUAGUUGCUAUCAAGAAAGCUAGGCUUGGAGACAGCAGCCAAGUAGAGCAGUUCAUCAACGAAGUACUUGUGCUUUCCCAAAUCAACCAUAGGAAUGUGGUCAAGCUCUUGGGAUGUUGUCUAGAGACUGAAGUUCCCUUGCUGGUCUAUGAGUUCAUUAACAGUGGUACACUUUUUGAUCACUUGCACGGUUCCUUGUUUGAUUCUUCUCUUACAUGGGAACACCGUCUGAGGAUAGCAGUGGAAAUUGCUGGAACUCUUGCUUAUCUUCACUCAUCUGCUUCUAUUCCAAUCAUCCACCGAGAUGUCAAGACUGCUAAUAUCCUCCUUGAUGAAAACUUAACUGCAAAGGUAGCUGACUUUGGUGCUUCAAGAUUAAUACCGAUGGAUAAAGAGCAGCUCACAACUAUGGUGCAAGGAACUCUAGGCUACUUAGACCCUGAAUACUACAACACAGGGUUGUUGAACGAAAAGAGCGAUGUUUAUAGCUUCGGUGUGGUCCUCAUGGAGCUGCUCUCAGGUCAAAAGGCAUUGUGCUUUGAUAGGCCACAAACCUCAAAACAUCUUGUGAGUUACUUUGCUUCUGCCAUGAAAGAGAAAAGGUUGCAUGAGAUUAUUGACGGUCAAGUAAUGAAUGAGGAUAAUCAAAAGGCGAUACAGGAAGUUGCAAGAAUCGCGCUGAUGGGAGAGGAAAGACCAAGGAUGAAAGAAGUAGCUGCUGAGCUUGAGGGCUUGAGAGGCACAAAAACCAAGCAUAAGUGGUCGGAACAGUAUCCUGAACCACAAGAGGCUGAGCACUUGCUCGGUGUUGAAAUCUUAUCAGCACAAGGGGAUACUAACGCCAUUGGCUAUGACAGCAUCAUGAAUGUAACAAGAUUACACAUUGAAGAUGGCCGCUGAUAUUUGUCAGUCUAGCUCUCACAUAAUCACAUGUAUAUCUUUAUUGGUUCUCUCCUCUUUUGUCCUCUUAAACAUUUUAAAAACCAGUGUAUCAAAUAUUACAUUCACGAACAUUUCUGCUUCGAGAGAUUCUUGUAAAUCAUCAUGUUAAUAAAACCCCUGAAUUGGGAUGCCAACUGGUAGACCGAUCUUUCUAUGCUUAAAUGGGCCUUCAGUAUGCUUAAGCGGGCCUUCAAUAUACCAUCUUGAACUCACAGUUUUAGGAAUCAUUAUUAAAUCAUCCCGACUAAGUUGAUAAUUUUCACCUCAAGUAUAUAUAAACUUGAUUCUUCUGUGUUGCUUGGUGUGAUGUUUCUAAGAGACUGCAAGAAUACACAUAUCAUUUAAUACAAAUGAUAUGAGGUAAAUCAACCAGAAUUUACUUUGCAUAGUUAUAUAUCUAAUUUUUGAAAUCUGCGUAAAUUAGGUAUAUAUAACCAAAAUAAGUGAUUCGAGAUGGUAACUUCUACGGAUAUGCAUCAAAAUCAACUCAUAUCCACAAAUUGUGAAAACAAAGCCAAACUAAAAUAGAAAUAUAAAAAUGGUCGGAAGAGACGAAUUGGUUUGUUGCAUGAGAGAAGAUAAGUGUUAAGCCGUUUGAGAAGCAAAUAUUGAAAAAGUUCUGAAAAUAUCCAAAGUAACUGUAAACCUAUAUUAUAUUUUGUGGAAACUCCCUUAGUCCAGUGGUUUGAGUAAGAAUUCAUUAAUAUGUUUUUACACCAAGAGGUCUUGAUUUCGAAUCUCAGCAAAAGCAAACUAUGUAAAUUUAUGGAGAAAAACAUACAGAAAGGCGCAAAGAGUACCGUCAGGCAUGAAUCUCAUAAGACGGUUCAGGAUAAUGCAAUCAGGCGUGAAUCUUCAUAAUGCAGGUAUAGUUACCGGCUGUAGAAUCGUCUUUUGUAAUAUUUCUUAUGGUUUGUAAUAGCAUAAUUAACCAUAAAAUAUAUAUAUAUAUAUAUUAAUUUGAACCGUUACAAAGGUGUUGAAAAAUCAAACAUUGAAAAUAACUUAAAAAGAUUUAUUUGACCUAUUAAUCUUUAUGAACUAUAGGGCAUCUGCAUUGGAGAGUAUCUCCACAAAUUUUUCAUUAUUAAAAUAAUAAAACAAAACAAAAAAGUAAGUAAAAAGAAGAGAGAAAGU